AUGUUAUACAAAGAUUUGUCUGAAGAAAAAAAAGCAGAAAUUCGUCGAAAAGCUAGAGAAAGAUAUGCUCAGAAAAAAGCUGCGAAGAGUAGUUUGAUUGGGCCAAUAAAUUUAGAGCCAUCCAACAUAGAUCAAGUCAUUACAUCUAUUGAUGGAACAUCCAAUGAUUAUCAGUCACAGAUCUGGAAUGCCGAAAAUUGUAAUUUCCAACAGACACAACUGAAAAGAUGUCGUAUUUCUGUUAUUAACAACAACAGUGAUGGAAUUUCUUCCUUGCAAGGAGCAUCUGUUUCUACAGACAUCAAUCUCUCCAUGACAGAUUCAGAUGAAUCUACAUUUUCAAAUUCUAUGUCAGACUCUUCGAUGAUUCUAAAUUCAUAUUUAGAUUCAUCCAAUGAAAGUUCAACAAAUGCACAGAUUCAAACACAAAUAUCUGAACAUUUAACAAUCCAACAGAAUGAUCUUCUCGCCCAAAUAGGAUCCUUCUAUUUUGCAAGUACAAUCAGCUUUUCAAAGGACCUCAACGACGACAUAUUUAGAAAUUUGAGUCAGAGAAACAGAGGUAUCUAUACAUUUCGAGUUCAAGGUCAGAUCUAUCAUUAUAUUUCUGAUUUAAUUCCUUCAAACGGUCGGCCUUCAAAUUUACAGUUAUAUUUCUAUGAUAUUGAACAUGAAUUCGAAAAUCGUAUUGUUGAUUCAACAAGAAUGGGUCCAUCAAUUAUUGCACAGCUCAUGGAUAUUCUUCGUGUCAAUCCAUAUUGUACAUUUUUUCGUUAUCUUGGAGAUCUACCAAGUUUCGAAUAUCAAAAAAUACGCAUCAGAUCUGAUCCUGGUUUAGAUCAACAAGUAUAUAAUGCUCCUACAUCAUCAGAAGUUGCAGCAAUUUGGGUUGAAGAUGACACUCUAGAGCAAGUAACACCUCGUGACAUCUUUGUUUAUAACCAUGUUGGUGGAAGUCACAUAGUUCAAUAUUAUUUUGAAUAUUAUGAUCCACUUCAAUAUCCAUUGUUAUUCCCUUUUGGCGAUAUUGGAUGGCAUCAAGGUAUACAAAGAAUCAACAGACGAGGAGUAUCUAUAUCUAAUCAUACUCAUGCUGCACAAUCAAUUGAUCCACAUCAAUCAAUAUCUGCAGAAGAAUUACUUAGACGAGAAGAGCAAGUGUUGAGGAGAAACAGAAAAGAUCCAUUUGUUUCAUGCCGUGAAUACUAUUGUUAUAAAUUACAAAUCAGAGAAGAUGUGAAUUCAAUUCUUCUACUGUCUGGUCGAUUGUUUCAACAAUUUGUUGUCAAUAUGUAUAUUAAAAUUGAAACAUCAAGAUUAGAUUAUUUUCGCAGUAAUCAACAACAUAUUCGAUCUAAAUUGUAUCAAGGCAUUGUGGACAGUAUCAGUGUUGGAGAAACAAAUGCUUCUAGAAUUGGAAAACGCUUGAUUCUACCAUCAUCUUUUAUUGGAGGUCCAAGAGAUAUGCAAAAAAGAUACAUGGAAGCAAUGACUUUAGUUCAGCGGUAUGGAAAACCAGAUAUCUUUCUAACAAUUACAUGCAAUCCAAAUUGGAAAGAAAUCUCAACAGAGUCGAAACCACAUGAAGAGACUCAAAAUCGUCCUGAUUUAAUAGCUCGAAUCUUCAGAACAAAAUUAGAAGAAUUGAAGCAUCAACUAUUCAAACGAGAGAUAUUUGGAAAAGUUUCAGCGUAUGUUUAUGUCAUUGAACAUCAGAAAAGAGGACUUCUGCAUGCACAUUUUUUGAUCAUCUUACAUCGAGAUUGGAAAUUAUAUGCACCAGAAUCUUUUGAUCAGAUUGUUUCUGCAGAAUUACUUGACAAAGACAAGAAUUUGCAUCUAUAUACAGCUGUUAUAAAACAUAUGAUGCAUGGACCAUGUGGAGCCUUGAAUCCAACAAAUGUGUGCAUGAAAAAAAAUGGUCAUUGCAAGAAUAAUUAUCCAAGACAUUUCGUGCCAAACACAACCAUUGGAAAUGAUUGUUUUCCAAUAUAUAAACGAUCUGAUGAUGGAAGAACUGUGAAAAUUAGAGGUCAUGAUUUAGAUAAUCGUUGGGUUGUUCCAUACAAUUCUUAUUUGCUUGCAAUGUUUGACUGUCAUAUUAAUGUAGAAAUUUGUUCUACAAUAAAGGCAGUAAUAUAUCUUUACAAAUAUAUUUACAAAGGUCAUGACAGUGUUGCCUUUAAUUUGGUUUCUGAACAACCAAAUCAACAAAUUGAUGAAAUUCAACAAUUCCAAUCAGCUCGAUGGAUUGCUCCGCCAGAAACAAUGUGGAGAAUAUACGGAUUUAUUAUCAAUGAAGUACAUCUAGCAGUUUACAGCUUGCAUUUACAUCUUGAAAAUCAGCACCAAGUAACAUUUCGAGCACAUGAAAACUUGAACAAUGUGAUCAAUUCUGAUCUUUCUGCAAAAUCAAUGUUAACAGAAUUCUUUUCAACAAAUCGAGUUGAUGAAAACACCAAAAAGUUGUUGUAUAAAGAAUUUCCAGAAUUUUAUGUUUGGAGUCAACAAUACAAAAUGUGGACAGUUCGAAAGAAACAGAUUGUUAUAGGCCGAAUUGUGACAGCAAAUCCUUCUGAAGGUGAAAGAUAUUAUUUGCGAAUUCUAUUAAAUCAUAUAAGAGGUCCUUUAUCAUUUGAUGACCUCAAAACAGUCAAUGGUGUUUUGGCCACUACAUUUCGUGAAGCUGCUACAAUGCAUGGUUUAUUAGAAAGAGAUGACAGUGUAGAAGAAUCUUUACAAGAAGCAUCUCUAUAUCAAAUGCCUUCUAAUUUGCGUCAGCUAUUUGCAACUAUCUUGGUCUACUGUAAUCCAACAAAUCCAAGAUAUCUUUGGGAACAUUUUGAACAAGACAUGUCAUCUGAUUUUCAAUUAACUGAAGAUUCUCAAUCAAAUGUGAGAAUGCAAGUUUUACGCUCCAUCUCCAUGACACUUGAAUCAAUGGGUAGAGACAUUAAUUCAUUCCAACUUCUUGAUCGAAACAUUCAUUUUGAUGAAGAUGAAUUUUUGUCCAGAGAGAUUGAUGAUGAACUAGCUGUUUUUAUUACAGAAGAGGAUCUCACUGCAUCAGCACUACUUAAUCGAGAGCAACAAAUUGUUUACAGUUUGGUUCUAGAAAAGAUUUUCUCAAAUCAAAGUGCUGCAUUUUUUAUAGAUGGGCCUGGCGGAACUGGAAAGACAUUUUUAUACAAGGCACUUCUUGCAACAAUAAGGUCAAGACAUUUAAUUGCUCUUGCAACUGCUUCAUCUGGUGUAGCUGCAUCAAUUCUACCUGGAGCUCCUAUGUCAAAAAAAGAAGCAAUAGAAGCAUUAGACAGAAUGUUGAAAGAUGUUAAUGAUUCAGAACUAUCUUUUGGUGGAAAAGUUGUUAUAUUUGGAGGAGAUUUUCGCCAAAUUUUACCUGUUGUUCCAAAAGGAACAAGACAGCAACAAAUUGACGCUAGCUUGGUUUCUUCUUAUCUAUGGCCCACAUUAAAAAAAAUUCGUCUGACUGAAAAUAUGCGUGCAAGAUUGGAUCCAGAUUUUUCAAACUAUAUAUUGGAAUUAGGCAAUGGAAUGCCACCAAUUACAAUCGAUGAACAUGUCAAAAUUCCUACAGCCAUGUUAAUUCCAUAUCAGAAUGAUACUGCUUCUUUGGAUCAAUUAUUAGAUGCUGUUUUUAAUGAUAUUUCAGAAUAUUCGGCAAAUAUUUCAAGCAUGAUGAACCGUGCCAUAUUGACACCGAAGAACAGUUAUGUAGAUGAGAUAAACAAUUUGUUGAUACAGAGAUUUCCAGGAGAUAUCAUCAACUAUUACAGUUUUGAUGAAACAAUUGAUGCAUCUAAACAAGCAAUCAUGGAAGAUUUCUUAAAUAUAUUGACUCCAAAUGGAUUCCCUCCACAUCAACUAUUCCUCAAACAGAAUUGUCCUAUCAUGUUGCUUCGAAAUAUUAAUCCUUCUGAAGGAUUAUGCAACGGAACAUGGCUGAUUUGUCGUAAUUUUGAUUAUAACGUCAUUCAUGCAGAAAUUGCAAUUGGCCAUCAAACUGGCAAAAAACUUUUCAAGAUGCGGCCAAUUUUCACAUCAAUCAAAGAUAUUUCUCCAGCCGUAAAAAACUGGAAAAUCAAAAUGAUUGUUGCAGAAAAAUCGCCCAAAAGAACUGGACAACACUCACCAGUCAAAUACCAAAAUUUGACAUUAAUCGAUCAAGAGGGAAAUCGGGUUCAAGCAACCAUGUUUGGAACAGAUAUCGAUUCAAGAAAAAAUUCUCUGCAUAUCUUUCGUUCAUAUUAUAUCACAAAUGCAUUUGUCAAACCACUGGAUCCUAAAUUCAGAACUGAAUCAUAUGAAUUUCAAUGGAUUUUAAAUUCCAAGACAAUCAUUGAAGAAGUACCAAAUGAUGAAACACAUUUAAAGCUACCAAAAUUCAAUUUCAUCUCUAUUGAUCAAUUAGAUCCCUACAAAGACUCAAUUGCAGAAAUAGGUUUGUCCUUAUCAUCACGACCAACAAGUGUCUUCACAAUUAAUCCUGAGCUUCCUGAGGCAGAACAACUACAAAAAUGGGCAACAAUUAAUAAAGGAACUGGACAUGACCACAAUGAAAGUUUCCUCUGUUACCACUGCAAAUACCAAACUGUUGCUCAACCACGGUGUCGAGCAUAUGUUGAACUUGAUGAUGGGACAGGAAAAUUACCUGCAGUGAUGUUUGGCAAAAUUGCUGAGGAAGCAUUAGGUUAUUCUGCAGUUGAUUUCAUGAAUCACAAUGGAGAGGAGCAUCUACCAUUUAUUGAGAAUCUUGCAAUACAAGUUUCAGAAAAACAGUGGAUGCUCCAACUUACUGCAGAUCCAGAAAUAUUCAAUCAACAACAACACAAAAAUUUUAAUGUUCUCUCUAUUGGCCCUGUCCAAUUUGGUCCAGAACUACAAUGA